CGAAACGGCCGAAACGCAGGGACCGCCAGGCAGCACGCGCGCCCACACACGGUCCCCGACGCUCCGAGGAACACCAUGAGGACGGCGGCACUGCUUUGCCUGAUGGGCGCGUUGGCGGCGUGCGCGGCCCAGGAUGCGGCCCAGGAUGAGGCCCAGGAUGAGGCCCAGGAGGGCCGGGGCUUUCUGGACAACAUUCCGGCCUUCGGGGGCAUCUUCGGCGGUGCAGGCGGAGGCUUCCUCAAGCCGCCCACGUCCCCCAAACCGGUGUCGACGACGAGGCCUCCGCCGCCCUACACGGGGACGCCUCCACCCUCCCCGACGACGACGACGACGUCGUCUCAGCCCUCCACGACGACCACCGAGCCCUCUACGACGACCACCGAAGGCCCCGACGAGUGCAUCGAAUGCCAGGAGUGCCUGGAGGUCGGCGAGAACGGCGGCACCAGCAACGCGGACCUCUUCAACGGCAUGGACUGGCAGGACGUCUUCGGCCCGUCCAACCAGCAGGAGGUGGAGGCCGCCCUGCGCGAGUGAGGCGGAGCGAGAGCGAUCCAAAGAACACGAAACAGUCAAAGGACGUCAAAAUCACGUCAAAAUUAUGCUGUUUUGGUCGAAAUUUUGACAAUAAUUUGUCAUAUUGACAUCAAAAUGACGUCACUGUGAGCGUUUCGUGUUUUUUUGGGGAGGGCAGCGUCCCCACUGUUAGCAAACUCUUUGAAACUGUGAAAGCCUGAAUAUCAAUAAAGUUCAUCGAAUCCGGAAAGUAACCCAUGAGCCUCGAGCCGCGGGCGCGGAGCGCUUCGCUUCGCUUAUCUAGGCGAACGCACAGUGGG